AAAAGCGGAGUCAACAUUUCAGCAGCACAUGGCUAAGUCAAGUUCAGUCACUGACGGUAGCUACGGUACCCGGGGAGGCACAAACCUUAUCUUCAAACAAAACCGCGAAACGCCUUCACCUCUUCAGUCAGUCCGUGCGGAUCGCAGCACAGUGCAGCUUCAUCUCGGAGAACACUAGUGAGAGAGUGAGUGAAAGAGCGAGAGCGAUCCAGAGAGCAGGGAGACAGGGAAGAGACGGAGCUACAGACACUGUGAAUAAUAGUGACCACCAAACGUCACAAUUUUCUCUUCAAUUUCACCUCAAACCCUGUCGGCGCUUGGAUGAAACAAAACCUAUCGAUCUGUCAGUGUUACACCUGGAUCCACUGACCAGCUUAGCAGGCAUGUCCCGAAGGAAACAGAGCAACCCACGGCAAAUCAAACGUCGUCUGGACGAUGGCCUGGAGGAGGAAGAGGAGGAGUGUGUGUCGGAGGAGAGCGAGCUGGUGGCCAAAGAGGAGUUCUCGGCGGAGGAGGGUUUCAGCGCCGACUUUGAGCCGGAGAACCUGAGCUGCGAGGGCAUGGACUACUUCUGCAACAAAGGAGAAGAGGAGGGGAGACGGGAAGUGAGGGAGACAGACAUGGACACCUCUAACGAGAAGACCCGACACCCCCCGCCAGAACCUGAGGAGUGGGACGGACCAAGGGAGCUGGACGUCUUCCACAAAGAGGGAGAGCGCCGCAUUCACACCCGCCAGCAGCUUCCCGUCGGCACCACGUGGGGACCCUUCGAAGGCAAGAUCGAGACCAGCAGCGACGGAGGGAGCUUGAAGACCAAGAGCUCGGUCCCACUGGUGCUGAAUGCCGGCCCCAGGUGGCUGCUGGAUGUGACUUGGCAGGGAGCGGAGGACAACAAAAACAACUGCGUGGUGUACAGCAAAGGGGGCCAGCUAUGGUGCACCACCACUAAGAACCUGAUGGAGGGCGAGGAGCUGGUGGCGUUCGUAGUGGACUUUGACUCUCGGCUGCAGGCGGUGAACCACAUGUCCAUGAGUGAGGGCAUGUACCCUGCCCGGCUCCUCGACAGCAUCCAGCUGCUGCCCCAGCAGGCCGCCAUGGCCUCCAUACUGCCCACCGCCAUUGUGAACAAGGACAUCUUCCCCUGUAAGGCGUGUGGGAUCUGGUUCCGCAGUGAGAGGAACCUGCAGGCCCAUCUGAUGUACUACUGCAGCGGCCGCCAGAGGGAGCUAGAGAGCGUGGCCGAGGACACAGAGACCAACCACCACCACCAGCCGCCCAGCAUCUGCCCCUUUCCACAAUGCAACAAGAGCUUCUCGGGGGCCCGGGCCCUGGAGGUGCACCUAAGCACACACAGUGGUGUCAAAACGGAAGAGACUCUCCCCCCCGGCACCAGCCUGAAAUGCACGAUCUGCAACUACACGGCGGAUUCGCUGAUCACAUUCCAGCACCACAUCCUCUCGCACCUGUCACAGGCGGCCUUCAGAUGCAAUCACUGCCAUAUCAGCUUCCAGAACCAUAGGGAGCUGCUGCAGCAUCAGGACUUACACAGCCACUCGGGGGGGAAGCUCCGCAGGGACGACAGCGAGCACUCCCCGCGGACGGGCGACGACGUCCUGCAGCAGGCCCGGGCCGAGCUGGCCGGCAGGAAGGACAUGGUCCUCCCGAGCCCCAAGGGGCUGUCGGGGAAAGACGGCAGCCCGGACGUCGAUCUGGAGCGGCUAGAGAAGAAGCCUGCGCUGGCGAUGCAAAAACCCGAUGGCCACCCGGUGAACAAGGCCAGCUUCUCCUACACCCGCAUCAAGUCGGAGCCCUCCAGCCCCCGCCUGGCCUCCUCGCCCGUCCAGCAUAGCAUGGGCCCCAGUUUCCCCAUGGGCCCCUUCCUGUCCCAGUUCGCCUUCUCGCAGGACAUCUCUGUGGUCCCGCAGGCAUCGGAGAUCCUUGCCAAAAUGUCCGAGCUGGUCCACCGGCGCCUCCGCCACGGGGGCAGCAGCUACCCGCCGGUCAUCUACAGCCCGCUCAUGCCGAAGGGCGCCACCUGCUUCGAGUGCAACAUCACCUUCAAUAACCUAGACAAUUACCUGGUCCACAAGAAGCACUACUGCAACAGCCGCUGGCAACACAUGACCAAGUCGCCCGACUUCCCCGGGAUCUCGGAGAAGGCCGCGCAGGAGUCGGUGAGCCCAAACAGUGGCCACAGCGCAGUGGGGAUGCUCUCUGGGUGCCUCCCCUCAGAGACAGAUAAUAACCUCCUGCCGUCCUCUUGCAUCAACUCCUCAGUGCUGGACAUGAUGAGCGCUGGGGAGAAAGGGCCUGAGAAGGACCUCGCUGGACAGGUGAAGAAGGUUGCCACGCCACCUGCCGGCGGGGAGGAACGUUUGAACGGGAAACAGCCAGAGGUCAAGAGCCCCAGCACAGGUCUGGUCGAAUCGGACAGCGAUCCCAACAAAACUACGUGCGAGGCUUGCAACAUCACCUUCAGUCGCCACGAGACCUUCAUGGUGCACAAGCAAUACUACUGCGCCACGCGCCACGACCCGCCCAUGAAGCGCAUGAACAGCAACAAGGUCCCCGCCAUGCAGAGGACGAUGAGGACGCGCAAACGCAGGAAGAUGUACGAGAUGUGCCUCCCGGACCAGGAGCAGAGGCCUCCCAUGGGGCCGCAUCAGACAGGGUUCCUGGGAGUCCCUGCCUUGGGCAACCCCUGCACCUCCCAGGAGGCUGCGGAGAAUCUGGCCGACCGCUUCCACCCCCGCCACGACAUCUUUCCAGGCAUGGUCCCCAAACACCUGGAGGCCUCGCUCACUGUCAGCAAAUCCAUCCUUGGUCCCAAAUGCAACACCGUCGAUUCGCACGAGCUGGACGCCCCUAUUGAUCUCAGCAAAAAAUGCUCACCACUCCCCGACAAGUCGUGCAACUCCCCCAAAAGACUUUUGGACUACCAUGAAUGUACCGUGUGCAAGAUCAGCUUCAACAAGGUGGAGAACUACCUGGCUCACAAACAGAACUUUUGCCCUGUGACGGCUACCCAGCACAACGACAUCGGGCCUCUCAAACAGCCUGUGUUUUCCGAGGUAAAAAACGAAGGUGUUAAUCCUGAGGACGCCUACGACAAGAACCCUGUUAAAUGUGAGAAAAAUGGCGUUGGGGACCUUAUGGUGCAAAAUGGCGGCCUGUACACUCCACACCACCUCAGCUCGGCAGCGGCGCUGAAGGCCUUCUCCGACUCGCAGCUCGGGCUCAACAAAGACGAGAGCAAGAACAUGUUUCUGCCCCAUGGCCUUUAUCCCGGAGCAAUAAAGAAGAUGAAGGGCAACGAACAAAUCUCACCACCCUACUUCGGGAUUAAGCCGAGCGACUACCUGAGCGGACUGCUGACACCGAGCGAGGGGAGCGAGCAGGAGCAGGCGGCAGCGAACGGUGCCCCCGAGACAGGCAAGGAGCCACCACCCUCUGCCAAUGGAUGUCCGCACCCGGGAAAAGAGGUGUCCCCUCUGCUGCCCAACAACAGGAGCAUGGUGAUCGUGAACGGAGGGCACAAGCCAGACGAUCGCCCCUCUGCCUCAACCCCACAGCAGGAGAACCCGGCCUUGCACACCCCAGCUGCAGACGGGCACGGUUCCCCCACAUGGAGCACAGAGAACCCGCCCGAAGCCACUGAGAACACCUCCCCCGGGGCCAAGUCUCCGACGGAGGAGGUGCCACCGCCGCCGCCGCCGCCGCCGCCAGCCAUCACCAAGGGCCUAAAUGGCUCGGCCCAGAACGCAGGCAGCGGCAAGUACUGCCGCCUGUGUGACAUCCAGUUCAAUAACCUGUCAAACUUUAUCACUCACAAGAAGUUCUACUGUUCGUCACACGCCGCUGAACAUGUGAAAUGAAGCCCAUGCUCUCUCUCUCCCUCCGACCCAGCCCGUCCUUCUCUCCCUCCCUCCCUCCCUCGCUCCUUCUCCUCUUCUGCCCUCGCAGCAUCCCCUCUUUUUUUGGGUACACUGUCGUGUCUGGAGUAGUGAAUCAUGCAGUUUUAUACACUGCUUGUGGACAAUCAAGAGAAGCUUCUUCUGUCAUCAUUUUAAGACUUAAUGCAAAUCAUUGGUUAGGAAAAAAAAGAAAGAAAAAAAAAGACAAGUGUAAUAUUGGUGCCACUUUCACCUUUAUUUAUUUUACAAUCAGUAUUAAUAGGAGUAGUGCUCUUAAUUUAAAAUCAAAAAGGAAAUUUAUAUCAGAGUUGUUUGUAAUGUUAUUGUAUAGUCAUUCUUGUGUAGCACUCAUAUUGUUUACACUGUAAUGUAGGUUCAAGGAGACAAUAGUCACAGAGUACAAAAACAAAAAAUUGCAUUUUAGACACAAAAUAGCUCUCAGAAGCACUUGUGUAUUCUUAUUUGCUGUAACGUUUUUGUAUAUGCCUAAAUGUCAUUUGCAGCUUGCUAUCCAUGACUUCUCAGCCUUAAAACACUGUUUUCGGGGGAUAACCAGGCACAGGCACCCUACAUCUCAUGUUUUUGGCAUAUACACGCGGCUUUGCAUAUGUAUGGAACUGUUUGUCCCCGUCUCUUUUCUUCGACUCUGAAGUGGAUGUUUUCAUGACGAUGGCAGCAUUCUUUCUUGUAUAGUACUCGUAUUUCUGUUUGCUGAUAACAUUUUGGUCUCCCUUUUUAAAAAUGUGCUCUCAACGCAAUACUUUGUAAAUGAGGAAAAACGUUACUGAAAGCAGUAUUAUAAAAGGGGACUUGGCAGAAAUUAUUUGUUACCCACUAAAAGGGGGUGAAAAAGGAAGAAAAAAAAAACUAAGAAAAUUUUAAAGAAGUACGUUUAUCGAUGUUGACGAACAUAAUGGGAUGGAAGGGAGGGGAGGGUGGGGAAUAGUACUGUAAAAUGAUCAUUCCAAUGUCCUCAUGGGAGAAAAAAUAUUUCUUAAAAAAAUACGUUGUUGCUAUGCAUGUAUAUGGAUGGAAUUAAAUUCCAGAACUGUUGGAAAUUUUUAUUUUGAUGUGGUGUCAUAAUUAAACUUCAAUCCUCAGGAUAAGCUCUCA